AUGAAUGACAGAUAUCAGCAGAAAGCAUCAGGGACUGAGAAAAGAGUUCAAAGUGAUCAGUGGCAGUUUCAAGAGGAGCAACAAAGAUUUGCAAUGGAGAGGGAUAACAUCCACAGAGUACACCUUGCUGAGCUAGAAUUCCUUUUUAAAGAAAAAGCUGAAGCAGCAAUGGCUUUUCAGAAAACUAAUGCUGCCCUGCAAAGCAUUGCCAAGAAGUUGAAGGAUAUGGAGGCAGAGCACAAUGGCUGCACCAAGGUGCUGAAGCUCCAGGCUGCCUGUCUGGAAAUCAAGAAUAAACGGCAGGAGAGGUUCCUCCAAGAACUGGAGGCAGCUGCAGUGAAAACAAAGGAACUGGAGGAUGAUGCUGUAGCAGCAAGACGAGCACACGUAGAAUGUAAAUACACUACAGAAGUCAUGCAGUUCAUGAAGACAGCGUUUAUCCUCCGAAACGGCGCAGAAAAAGAGGCGAAACUCUAUGGCCUCGAACAACUCUCUGACAAACUGGCCCAGGAAAACAAUUCCUUGAAGAAUUCAUUAUUAGAUGCUUUCAAGGCACGCUCAUCCCUGCUGGCAGCCUGUGCGCUGCUGUCAGGGGCCCUGUGCUCUCUCUACGGCCGACUGUGCGCCACGUCUUGCCAAAGAGACAUUCUCCAGGAACGGGUGAACCAGCACCAACUCCUGAACCACAAGAUCGUCAGCCUCCUUUAUGCUCUCCCUGCUGUGGUGGAAAGAAACCAGGACGAAGGCAGGCUGAGGCAGAGAAGAGCCAAGAACCUGGUUUAUGCGUUCCGAAGAGCUGUGAUCGCAGUUCUGGCUGCUAACAGGCUGAGGGCUCUGGCCCGAUAUUCUUGUACCUUUUUCGUCUGGACAGAUGGAUGCAGAGGAAGCUCUGGAAUUCAAGUUUGUCUGGGAGAAUCCAGAGGCAGGCAUCCUGUGCCAUAUUCGGAGCUCUGGCUUUCUAGUAACUUGCUGAUCGGCACAGCCAGGAACUGCUUUGCACAACUGAUGGACAACCUGAGCGUUCUGAUGGAGACAGUUCAAGGGAACGCUCGUGGGUGCAGAGCCUACCUGGAGAGGGACUCGCUGAUAGAGAGGCUGGCUCGUGGCCUCCAGAGAGGCCUCCCUGAUACAGCGGAGGAGCUGAGGAAAAGAGACCAAGUUCUGGAUCAACAGGAGAAACUCCUGAAAGACAUGGAGAAGGACCAGAAGCGGCUGUGGGAGACUCUCCAGGAGGCAGAACGUGCCCUUGAACAGGGAGUAAAAGACAAAGAGUUGAUCAUUAGUCAAAUGAAAGCUGUGGAAGCUGCCCUGAAUGAGGAAGAAGUGGUGGACAAUUCAUUCUAUAAACAGCUAGAGAAUGUUUCUGGAGCAUCAGCCAUUUUUCUUGCUGGCAAUUUCAACCUGCCGGACAUUUUUUGGGAACUCAACACAGCUGAAAAAAGGCAGUCCAGGAAAUUUUUAGAGUUUGCAGAGGACAACUUUUUGUCAGAGCUGCACAGCGGAGAGUGCCUGGACACAGAGUCCAUACUGUGUCUGACACCAACGUUCCUCCCGUUGUGCUACCGGCCAGACCCUACAGCGCAUCUGACACCAACACAGCCUCCGUGCCAUGCCACGCACAACAGGUUUUGGGUCAUCAAUGGAACCAGCCAUCAACCUGAUACCAACCAGAACCAAUAG